AUGUCUACCCUGGCUGCCAGUAGGAAAGUGCCCUCCUCAGCCCUGACUCAGAUUGUUGGUGAGUGCAUGUUGCUCACUCUCUCCUCCCCUUGCGUCUUUUCUUUUUUUUUUUUCCUCACAAGACGUCUAACUCUCUCCCUCCUCCUCUCUUCUUACUCUCUCUCCUCACUCUCUCAAUCCGUCUCUCCUUUUGAUCACUUCAGUCCUUUGCUCCACUCUCCUUUACUCCUACACUACUCUGUCACUCACUCAUAUCAGCUCUCCAUCUCCAUCAUCAGAGAUCUUCAUCAUCAGUUUGUCUGCGUUUUGCCAGGUGGACGCACUCCCCACAGUCACCAUUUCCACUCCGGAGAGUUCCACGGUGGCUGCGCAGCCCCUUCCCCGGCUGAGCAUCGGGCGGAAGACCCUGGUGGCAGCUGCCGUGGGGGUCAUGCUGGUCCUGGUGCUGGUGGUUCUCAUCCCUGUGCUGGUCAGCUCGGUGGGCACGGGUGGAGCGGAUGACAGCGCGAGCCACUUUGAGAUGCUGGGUACCUGCCGCAUGGUUUGUGACCCCUUCCCCAGCACGGGCACAGCAGGCACCGGGACGGACACUGCAACUACAGGCCUACAAGUGGACAACGAGGCAGAUCUAAGUGAUCACAGCAUAGGCCCGCCCCUGCCUACUUACAGCGCUCAUGGCCCACAAGGAAAACCAGGACGUCCAGGUAAGCCUGGACCCCCGGGACCACCUGGAGAGCCUGGUCCACCUGGCCCUAAGGGACCACCGGGAGACGGUGUGGACAUUGUACGGACAGGCAUCCUAGGUUUAGGGGGGAAAGGGUCAGUUAGCACCACAACCUACAACACUUCACCUCGGGUGGCUUUUUAUGCAGGACUACGAAACCCGCAAGAAGGUUACGAUAUCCUACGAUUUGAUGACGUGGUGACAAACAUUGGCGGGAACUAUGAGGGCGCGACCGGCAAGUUCACCUGUAAGAUUCCUGGAACAUACUUCUUCAUCUACAAUGUGCUGAUGAGGGGAGGGGACGGCACCAGCAUGUGGGCUGACUUGAUCAAGAAUGGUCUGGUGGGUGAAACUAAGAAAAAAAAAUCAUAGUUUACUUUCUAAUAGAGGUCUUAAAUACCAUUUUUGAUCCUUAAACAUGGACUUGCAUAUUGGCAAACAUCAAGUGCCGCUCUGAUACCUGUGUAAUGAAACUUAUGUAUAAUAUUCAUUGAAAAACACUGCUAAUAUUUUGCAAGCUUGAAUUAGCUUUCCACUCACACUGUACUGUCAUUUUUAGUUAAAGUGAGGUGCUUACUCACUAAUACCUGAUAUAUUGAGGGCUGAUAAUGUCAAUGAUAUCAGAAUCAGAAUUACUCUUCUGUUUGGUAAAUGAAAAAGAGAGGUUGAGGUUCUCAUGUUACAAAGAGGAGCGAAUCACUGACAUUAUGAUGUAAGAACCCUGAAUCAUACAUUAAGAGGAAGCAACAUCAAUAUGCUCAGGAAGCAGUGUAACCAGCGCGCAGGCAGUCUAAAUUGAGUAGUCAUGCAUUCAUGUGGAUAGUGAUUUUAGGUCUGUCUUGGUCUGGUGUUAUAGCCAAGAAUAAUGACAAUUCAUAGUGGCACGCUGCCAGAUUGUGUAUCUGUGCAUAUUACACAUCUGAUGAUGUACACGUUGAAGUGAGUGGAAGAAGUGCAGUGCUAUCUCAACUCUGCACACAUCAGAACACAGCCCGAGGUAGAGGCUAGUUCAAAGCUGGUGCCCUUUGAAAUACAACAAACUUCAUGGAGUCAUGAUGCGCUAGUGUGCGUUAUCAGAGUGCCUGUCAGGCCCAGGCGCUUCACUCUCAAAUCUUGAUAUUUGCUAUAUUCAUGGGUAAUUUUGUAAUGUCUUCAAAGCCCCAGGUGGAGACACUGAUCAAACACCAUUUAAAUCUGAACCUUGAUAUUUCCCUGCAAACAUCUCAGACAGGCAGGCUGCAACAGGCUGAACACAGAGUCAACACAAUCAUGCAGAGACCUGUAAAAGAUAGUUUAAUACAGUACAUGGUCCAAACAGCUAGUGGGAUAUUUGUGAGUCUUCAAAUGAGACUCAUAAACAGAUCUUGUUUAAAUGUCUAGUAUUGUCCCAUGGCGACAAUAUCCUCCACAUCAAUGACAAAUGUGAUAACAUAUUGGACAAAUAGGAUGUCCAUAUUUCCAUUUUGCCAGCGUUAACAGGCAAUGACUUAACUGAACCUUUAGUUACUUCAACUCUUCAACCAAACGCUGUGACACUACAAAACAUCAAAUAACCAGACACAUACCACCACAAGUAGAGCCUUUUUCCAGUGGAAUAAGAUUGCUAAUUCAAUACAAAAACUGUCAGAAUGUAGUUCAUUGGUUGGUAUAAAUCGAAAGAACUGAAUUAACUGAGGGGUACAUUUACAGUCCAAUAAACCUGCCUACUUAAAUCUUAAAAGCAGAGAUGAUCCCAGGAUCUUAACAAGAGGGUGAUAUACCUCAGUUAAUAGGUUAGACCCUUUGAAACAUGUCCACCCCAUUUCUUGGUUGCCCUGACUAAUAAAGGCUGAAAAAGCACAAAAAUAAAUAUAAAACCUAAACAUUUUCAAGCAUAAUUCAAGUUUUGUCAAAUCUUUACAUGGCCAGGGUUCUUGUAGUAAGACAAAAACACUUCAGAAAUAACCGAACACUAAUACGCUCCACAUGGGGUCAAUGAAGGCCAAUUAAGAACGAAAACACUCUAAAUUCUGAUUAAAAUAUUUUCAGAAUGGUUCAGCUUCGUGUUUAAUCACAUUAGAAACCAAAGAAAAGGGUGUACCUUGCCUCUUGCCCGAUAUCAGCUGUAUAGGCUCCAGCCGCCCUUUGACCUUGAAUGGCACCAAUAGCAAUAAAGAUAACAUAUGGAUAGAGUGAAGGAAAAGGUGGAAUAAGGCUGCUUUAGCUUCUUUUUCUGGCCGUGUGAAAUUUUGUUGAAAGAGGGCCAUACAUCUUUUAUUUUUUUUAGCCAGUGUUGGCCAUCAUGCUCCUCUCAGAGUUCAGACCUAUGAGAGAGGAGAAAUGACGCUCCAGGUGUCGUAUUUCUAUCACCACGCUGUCAUCUGUUGCUCAACCUUUACUUUCAAACCUUGAGGCACCUGAGAGUAAAUUAUUAGACCGCCUUGAGACCAAUCAGACCUUCUUAUUCUUGGCUUCGUUUUCCUCUACACACAAAGGUUACUGCAUAGGUGGAAGCAGUGCUAAUAAUUUUAUGGCUGAUCCAGUGAAUUAACAUUGUGUCAUUAAACCCCGUAACCCAACUCUUAGAGACGCUUUGGUAAUUACUCUGUGUUGAUUAUGAUGACUCUCAUAUUUAGGAUGAUGUGGUAUUUUUAGUGUUCCACUCAAAAAAAAAAGGUGAAUGUAGAGCAUGAGGCGAAGGGGAUAGUAUGCUCAGCCAUCCUUCCUCAGAGGCAGACUGACUCAAACCUGACCCUUUCAGUUGAGUCAUAAGAGGAAAACACGAUCUUCACCACAAGGGACACACUUAACAAAAAAAGCCUCAGAAUCAGUCCACUGUUUCUGUGCUGUGCCCUCAAAGUAAGGUGCUUCUUGUCAAUUUAAGUAUGAAAAAAGAGGUGGCACUUGGUUACGUGUUGAGCACAUUGCUUUAAUCGUUCGCGCCAUGAUCUGUCUUUGUAAAAUCACCUGAAAAUUGACUGAUUUUAAGUUCAUGUAAUGAGAAUUCCUGUGGGUCAUAUCCGCAUGCUAAAUUGUUGACAAUAAUAGCCCAUCGUUGACACUCUACCUCACACAUCUCCUCACCCUUGAUAUGUUCCAGGUCAGAGCCAGCGCCAUCGCUCAAGACCAGGACCAGAGUUAUGACUACGCCAGCAACAGUGUCAUCCUUCAUCUGGACGCGGGCGAUGAGGUUUUCAUAAAACUGGACGGGGGCAAAGCUCACGGGGGCAACAGCAACAAAUACAGCACCUUCUCAGGGUUCAUCCUCUACGCCGACUGA